AGCUUUUAGCUCAAGAAUCGACUGUCCCCGCAUCUUCCUAUCACCUUUGUCAUGGCUGAAGCUGACGUGAAGCUGACCACCGUGAGCACGGGCGGCGCCAAACUGGGCUCUGUGAUUCCCGCGGAGGCCCUUUCAAAGAGUGAGGGGAAGGCAGCCAUCGCCGGGCAGUGGAAGAUUCCAGGCGUGGCCGAGCCGGUGGAUUUGAAGGUCACUGGCUCCGAUGUAACCUCCGUGCAGAAGCCCUUUGGCAACGAGCCAUUGAUGGCAGUCAUCGAGGAAAGUGAGGAGAAGUUCGGGCUGCAUGUGACCAUGGGAGGAUUCCCCAUGAAGGCCUGGCUGAAGAAGGAAGGGCAACAGACCGUGUUGGCCUUUUCCAAUGGUGGACGUUGGUCGAAGCUCUGAGGGAAAUAUUGAUGCUAGAUACCAGGGUCAUUGAGGGGUGCGUUUUAGCAUUUUAGCUGCCAUUUUGAUCGCUGUACAGAUGGGUGUCAUGACAUUCUCCAUGAGA